AAUCCAUGGCUAGUUUUAAAGAUGAGAGACCUUUGAAGGAAAUCUCUUUGAAUUUCAAGUGCGGAGGUACAAUAAUUUCUGUUGGUAUGUCUGAUUUGCUGGGAUCAUUUUAGUUUCUAGUUGAAUCAGCUUGAUUGUCUCUGCUUGUGCCAAUUAGUCUGUGGAUUAUUAGAUGCAAAUGGUUUUUCCUUUGGUACAGUUUGUAGGAGUGGGGUCUAUGAUUUUUGGAUCCAAACCAAUGGUCUGUUGGAGCCCAUGGGCAUCUUGCGUGGAUGGGGCCUCAAAAGUCUCCUAUCACUGCCACCAAUCUUGGGCCCUUUCUGUUGAAUGUGGACUUUUGAUGUAUUUCUUCUUAACCAUCUAUUUUUGGGACUCAAAUCAAACAGUCAGAUUGGUCUAUUGAGGGAUUUAUUUUUGGGGGGUUAUGGCCCACCUUUGAAGGUGCCCAACUGACCAUGGGUCCCACUUGCACGAAAUGAAGACCUUGUCUAGGCACCUAUAAUUCCAUUUUAAUUUCCCUUUUCUUCGGGACAGCUGCAUCAUGCUUGUGUAGACUUGCUUCUGCUCUUCAUGGAAACGUGGGUAUUGUAACCUUACCUGUUUAGGAUUCUUGACAUCGAAGAAAUCCACAUGUUCUAGAUGAAAUAAAUACUACCCAUAUUCACAACAUGGGAAGUUAAAUAAGUCUUCUCUCUGCCAUGAAUCUUGACUCCUGAGAUUACUAACGCCGUACUCCUGGCAUCUUCUUUCCUGUGUCCUUGCAGAGAAAUGACAAAAAUUCAGAUCAAAAUACACUCAGUUUCUUACAAGAAACAUUUCAAUAAUUCUGCAGCAUCAGUUUUUGGUUCUCCUAUGUACUGGUAUGACGUAUUAAGCUUAAUUAUCUGAUAUGUUGUGCAGUCAUAGGCUGUGAUCAGACGGUUCUGUUGGAGGUAGAAAGCCGUUUGUUCGAAUAAAGCUAUUGUUUCUGUUAAGCGAAUAGAAAUUUUAGUAGUAAACAUGGGAGGGAAUUACUCUACUCUGGAAUCCUAUGAUAUCAACUAUACAGAAUCCAGAAGGUAUUCGAGGAUUCCCAAUAACUACAACUCGCUUGAUCAGGUGACAGCAGCUCUUGCCCAUACUGGUCUUGAGUCUUCCAAUCUCAUCGUGGGUAUUGAUUUCACUAAGAGCAAUGAAUGGACUGGUCAAAGUUCUUUCAACCGUCAGGGCUUACAUCACAUCGGCAGUUCGCCAAAUGCAUAUGAACGGGCAAUAUCUAUCAUUGGAAGGACCCUAUCUGCCUUUGAUGAGGAUGACCUUAUCCCCUGUUUUGGAUUUGGUGAUGGACCAACAUCGUUCGCUCCAAUUAUUGAGACUGCUAUAGGCAUUGUGGAGAAGAGUAGGGGUCAGUAUCACGUGCUUCUGAUCAUCGCAGAUGGACAGGUGACCCAAAGUGUGGACAUGGAUCGUGGCCAUUUAAGUCCACAAGAACGGGAUACCAUUAGUGCCAUUGUCAAAGCUAGUGACUACCCCUUAUCAAUCGUUCUGGUUGGCGUUGGCGAUGGACCUUGGGAUAUGAUGCGCCAAUUUGAUGACAAUAUACAUGCUCGGUCCUUUGAUAAUUUCCAGUUUGUGAAUUUUACAGAGAUAAUGGCGAAAAACAUCCCCUCAUUCAAGAAGGAGACAGAGUUUGCUCUGGCAGCAUUGAUGGAAAUACCAUCACAAUACAAAGCGACAAUAGAACUCCAACUUUUGGGUUGCACAAGGGGAACACCAGUGAAGGUUCCUCUCCCUCCACCACUGCCUCUCACUAACCCUGCGCCACAGGAAAUUUCUCAACUCAACAACCUGGUGUGUCCGGUGUGCUUAUGGAAUGCCAAAGACCUUGCUUUUGGAUGUGGGCAUCGGACAUGCUACGAGUGUGGUCGAGAUUUGGAGUUAUGUCCCAUUUGUCGAAGCUAUAUAAUCAUGCGUAUUCGAUUAUUUUGAUGAAUUGAAGCUUAAUCAAAGACUGUUGAUUCAAUCUUUAAACUCUAUGAUCUUGUGAUCUUUAUUAAUUUGUGGUCAGGUAAUCUGUAUAGAUAUUUGGAGUUUUCUGUAAAAAUUUCUCUUCAAAUAACAACAGACCUGUCAUUUAUCAGCA